AUGAAGUUCGCUUACCGGUUCUCAAAUUUACUGGGUACAGUAUAUCGGCGUGGAAAUUUAAAUUUUACACAAGAUGGAAAUUCUGUUAUCAGCCCUGUGGGAAACAGAGUCACUGUGUUUGACCUUAAAAACAAUAAGUCGGACACCCUGCCGCUGGCCACGCGGUACAAUGUCAAGUGUGUAGGGCUCUCUCCGGAUGGCUGCCUCGCCAUCAUCGUGGAUGAAGGGGGUGAUGCCCUGUUGGUCAGCUUGGUCUGCAAAUCGGUGCUUCACCACUUCCACUUCAAAGGCUCUGUGCAUAGUGUGUCCUUCUCCCCGGAUGGCAGGAAGUUUGUCAUCACCAAGGGUAACAUUGCCCAGAUGUACCACGCACCUGGCAAGACGCGAGAAUUCAACGCCUUUGUGCUGGACAAGACCUACUUUGGGCCAUAUGAUGAGACCACAUGCAUUGACUGGACAGACGACUCCAGGUGCUUCGUUGUGGGAAGCAAGGACAUGUCCACCUGGGUGUUUGGUGCUGAACGCUGGGACAACCUCAUCUACUACGCGCUGGGGGGACACAAGGAUGCCAUCGUAGCCUGCUUCUUUGAGUCUUCCAGCCUGGAUCUGUACACACUGAGCCAGGAUGGAGCCCUCUGCGUGUGGCAGUGUGACACCCCCCCAGAGGGCCUGCGGUUGAUGGCCCCCCGAGGCUGGCGGGCGGACCUGCUGCGACGGGAUGAGGGCAUGGAGGAUGACGAGGACCGGGAGAAGGGGACCACUGUGCAAGGCACUGCCACCCCCACCGAGGAGGAGAAGAAAGGGAAAGUCAAGUACUCACGGCUGGCCAAGUAUUUUUUCAACAAAGAAGGUGAUUUUAACAAUCUGACAGCUGCAGCAUAUCACAAGAAAACCCAUCUCUUGGUUACUGGCUUUGCUUCUGGAACCUUCCAUCUGCACGAGCUCCCGGAGUUCAACCUGAUCCACUCUUUGAGCAUUUCUGAUCAGAGGAUCUCGUCCAUUGCUCUCAACAAUACAGGGGAUUGGAUCGCCUUUGGAUGCUCAGGGCUGGGCCAGCUGCUGGUGUGGGAAUGGCAGAGCGAGUCCUACGUGCUCAAGCAGCAGGGCCACUUCAACAGCAUGGUCACACUGGCCUACUCGCCCAAUGGACAGUACAUCGUCACCGGUGGGGACGAUGGCAAGGUCAAGGUGUGGAAUACACUCAGUGGCUUCUGCUUUAUCACCUUCACGGAUCACUCAAGUGGGGUCACUGAUGUGACCUUUACGGCCACAGGCUAUGUCAUCGUGACCUCCUCCAUGGAUGGGACUGUGCGUGCCUUCGACCUGCACAGGUACCGCAACUUCCGCACCUUCACUUCCCCACGCCCGACGCAGUUCUCCUGCGUGGCUGUGGAUUCCAGUGGUGAGAUCGUCGCUGCUGGUGCCCACGAUUCCUUUGAGGUCUUCAUCUGGUCCAUGCAGACUGGCAGGCUCCUGGACGUUUUGUCUGGACAUGAAGGGCCUAUUAGCGGUCUGAGUUUCAACCCAGCCAAGUCAGUGCUGGCAAGUGCCUCCUGGGACAAGACGGUACGGCUGUGGGACAUGUUUGACAGCUGGCAGACCAAGGAGACGCUAGCCUUGACCUCCGAUGCGCUGGCUGUGACUUUCCGCCCUGACGGUGCACAGCUGGCCGUGGCCACGUUGAACUCACAGAUCACCUUCUGGGACCCCGAGAAUGCAGUGCAGACGGGCUCCAUCGAAGGCCGGCAUGACCUCCGAGCAGGCAGGAAGGAGCUGGACAAGAUCACGGCCAAGCAUUCUGCCAAGGGGAAGUCCUUCACCACCUUGUGCUACUCCGCGGACGGCCAGAACAUUCUGGCAGGAGGCAUGUCCAAGUUUGUCUGCAUCUAUCAUGUCAAGGAGCAGAUGCUCGUAAAGAAGUUUGAGAUUUCCUGCAACCACUCUCUGGAUGCCAUGGAGGAAUUUUUGAACCGGAGGAAAAUGACAGAGUUUGGCAACCUGGCACUGAUUGAUCAGGAUGCUGGGGAGGAAGACGGGGUUGCAGUACCUCUGCCAGGUGUAAAAAAAGGUGACAUGAGCUCUCGGCACUUUAAACCUGAGAUUAGAGUGACUUCGCUCCGCUUCUCCCCCACAGGCCGCUGUUGGGCGGCCACCACCACCGAGGGGCUGCUCAUCUACUCCCUGGAUGCCCGCAUGGUCUUCGACCCAUUCGAGCUGGACACCAGCAUCACGCCCAGCCGGAUUCGCACCGUGCUGCGCCAGCGGGACUUCACCAAGGCCAUCCUGAUGGCCUUCCGGCUCAACGAGCGGAUGCUCAUUCAGGAGGCGCUGGAGUCGGUACCCCAGGAUGAGGUCAAGGUUGUCGUCUCCUCGCUGCCUGAGGUGUACGUCGAGAAGGUGCUGGAGUUUCUUGCCUCUUCCUUUGAGGUGUCUCACCACCUGGAGUUCUACCUCCUGUGGACGCAGCAGUUGCUCAUGCAGCACGGACAGAAGCUGAAGGCCAGGGCAGGGGCGCUGCUGCCGGCCGUGCAGUUCCUGCAGAAGAGCAUUCAGCGGCACCUUGAUGACCUCUCAAAGAUUUGCGACUGGAACCGCUACAACAUACGCUAUGCUUUGGCUGUGUCCAAGCAGAGGGGUGUGAAGCGGCCCCUGGAGUCACUGGGCAGUGAGGAGGAGGCUUUGUCUGAUGGCGAUGAGGACAGCCUGCAUCUGCUGGUGGGAACAGGUGAAGAAGACAAAGAAUCGAUGCUGCCGUAG